UACUUGCAUUUCUUUUCCUACAAAACUUCUGCGAAAAGCUUUACUAUGUGUUUCUUGCGCGUGAACUAUCGCAGCAUUUGGGGAUUUCUACAGCGGGCUUUCGAAACCGAAAUCAGGUAAUGUAUACGAACCUCUGAUUUUGAGUGAAUCGAAGUGCCUCUCUCCUUUCUCCCUUUUUGUGAUUGAUUUAGAGUCCUUUGAAGGAAGUUAGGGUUAGAGGGGAGAAGGAUUUUGAAUGUGCAACAGAAGGGGUUUUUUUUUUUUUUUUAAGGGGAUCCUGACUUAUUCCUCCCCCUUACUUCGUGUAGAGUUUGAGAAAAUGUCCUCAAAAGGAACAGUAAGUAUAGUAGGGAGUGAGGUGAUGCCCCUAGACUAUGGGAGCAUAGACUCAGAGAGUAGUCCAUCUCUAUCUAGUUCGGAGAAGACAGUGGAAGGGGUGAGAGGAGAUGAGGUGGUGGAGGGUCAGGGGAAUGAGGUGGUAGAGAUAGUGGAGGAGGUGAAGCAGUAUAGAUCUGAACUAAGGACCAAGGAUAGCUUGGGUCACUUAAUGGAAAAUUACAAGAUCUCUUCCCGAGUGUUAGUUAGGCCAGCCGAGGUAGAGGAGAGAGCGUGUUCUGCUCCUCGGGAUCAUUGGAUGCCCGUAUAUUCCCACUAUCUGAUAGCGGGGUUGAGGUUUCCAAUUCCUGAGUUGCUAGUAGGUUUGUUGUUAGAUUAUAAUAUAGGGUUGACACAAUUAGUCCCCAACGCUAUGAGGGGGGGUAGUAUGAGGGAUAAGGGGUGGUAUUAUUUCACCCCUAGGGUAGCUAGUAAGGAGAGUAGGUCUUUAUUCACUACGGGUCCUUCAUCCAUUAAAGGAUGGAAGGAAAAAUUCUUUUUUGUAGAUGAUACGGAGUGGGAGAGGGGGGAUGCCGAGGAUAAGGAGGAAGAAGUGAGGAAGUUGGUGAGGAAGUUAGUGAGGAAAGGGGGGGAUUUAUUGAACAUUUUGGACCUCACCAGUGCACAAUGCAUAGAAGUUGCUGAGCUCUAUGGGCCAAGCGCUUUAAGUGAAGCUGAAAUGGAUCAGUUUUUGAACACUGCUGGAGGAGUGGCUAUCCCCAAGAAGCCAAGGAAGAAGUCAAAGACUUCAACCAAGCAAGUGGAAGAGGUGAGGGCUAGGAAAGAGGUAGUGCCCGCGACUUCAGCUGAGACAAGGGAGGAGGUGCCGCAGUUGAAGAGGAAGGGUUGGGAGGAGAGGAUGGCACUGCAGAAGAAGAAGAAGGUGGUGGUGGAGGAGGAGGAGAGGGGGAAUGAGGUACCUCAGUUCAUACCUCAGCCUCCUCCUGUUAAGCUAGACCCUGAGCUCAGACAGUUGGAGGAGGGGGCUGAGGUACGAGCUCCCAGUAAGGGAAAGGGCCCUGUUCCCCUAAUGGCGUUCCAAAGCAGCCUAUUCGAGGCGAAGAACAUGACGGGGGCUAGGUGGUUCAUCAACUCCACCUUCCCCAAAGUGGACAAAUGCAAUGCGCGGGAUGAGGCUCUGAGGUAUUGUGGGGCUUCAGUGGUGAAGCACGUUUUAGAGAGCGCGAGCUGGGUGAAUGGUCUAGCCCAGGAGUUUAUGGAUAGCCAAAAGAGGGCUUCCCUGAGCACCAAGCUCGUCUUUGAGGAGAGUAAACGAAGGAUCUCUGAAAGCGAGCGUGAGGCUCAGGCGCAAGAAAUAAAACUAAUGAAGGAGGCUUUCUUGAAGCUGAAGGAGAAUGUGCAAACCUUGGUGCACAAUGGGAUGAAGGAGCACAUCAGCAACUUUAUCAGCUCCAACUCGUUUGACAACAUCGUCAACUUGUACCGGCUGCCCACUGCCAUCAUUGCAUUCACAAACUGUAGGAAGAAGGUGAAGGCAGAAUAUCCCAAAGUGGAUAUUACAAAGAUCACCUUCGGCGAGCAAGAAGAAGGAGUGGAGGAAGACAUGGAGGAAGAAGGGGCAGAGGUAGAGGAAGACGAGGUGGAGGCAGGAGUAGAGGGAGCUGAAGUAGAUGAUAGCCAACCAGUUCCAGAAGUGGAGAUUCAUUCAAUUCCUUCCGACGAUGAGCAGCCUCCUCUGCCAGACGAGUAGCAGCCAACACAACCACCUCCUCCAGCUGAGCAGGAGCCAGUGGAGCCACCUCUCUCAGCAGAGAAAUAAUUUUGUUUUUUAAUUUUUUGUAGAAACAUUAAACAAUUUACAUGUAAUACUGUUAUUACGUUAAAUGAAAAUUUAGUUUUGAA